GAACCAUCAAAACACAUCUUCCACUCCGCAGCCAGACUUUUUCCUCCCCACCAUCCCGUACCUUUCCUCUUCCUUCCCGAUCCACUCUUCCCCCCACGCUGCUCUCAUACUCUGACCUACCCAAGCUCCAUUCCAGUUCCAAUCCAAACCAAUGAGUUUCUAAAAUCUUCUCCCGUACUCCACCGCCGCCGUGCCCUAGAGCUGCCGCCGUGCCGAGCUAAGCUUCACCGCCGGCGCCUCACCCCCACAACUCCUUCGCCUCUCACGCGCGUCGCCGCCAUCGCCGUCCUCGUUCUACCCCAUCGCGUCGCCGCUGACUCCACCCCCGCCUGCAUAUUGGACAUCGGUUUUUGAGAUCCGCCCUGGCCUCCUCGGCGGCCGAGAGGAGCCGCUCCGGGCUCGGGUCAGGUUUCCGGUACCUCACCGGAGCCGCCACCGGGUGGUGGGACCGGUGGAUGGUCAUGGGAGCCAGCGGCUCCAAGCUCGAGAAGGCUCUCGGCGACCAGUUCCCUGAAGGCGAGCGCUACUUCGGCCUCGAGAACUUCGGCAACACCUGUUACUGCAACAGUGUGCUCCAGGCACUUUAUUUUUGCACUCCAUUCAGGGAGCAGCUACUGGAAUAUUAUAUGAAUAAUAAAAAUCCGGGAGAUGCAGAGGAAAAUCUUUUGACUUGUUUGGCAGAUCUUUUCAUGCAGGUAAGUCAAUCAAAGAAAAAGACAGGCGUUAUUGCUCCAAAACGUUUUGUCCAAAGAGUGAAGAAACAAAAUGAAUUAUUUCGCAGCUACAUGCACCAGGAUGCUCAUGAGUUCUUAAAUUUUCUGUUGAAUGAGCUUGUUGAUAUUCUGGAGAAAGAGUCCAGUGCUGCGAAGGACUCACCCCAAUCAUCAUCUCCUGAAAAAGUUCCAAAUGGGCCAGUUCAACCUUUGGCCAAUGGAGUUAAAAAAGAACCACCUGUUACCUUGGUCCAUAAGAAUUUCCAGGGCAUACUGACCAAUGAAACCAAAUGCUUAAGAUGUGAGACAGUAACUGCAAGGGACGAAACGUUUUUUGAUCUGAGUGUUGACAUUGAGCAGAAUAGUUCCAUUACAAGCUGCCUGAAAAAUUUCAGCUCCACUGAGACUUUAAAUGCCGAGGACAAAUUCUUCUGUGACAAAUGUUGCAGUUUGCAAGAAGCACAGAAGAGAAUGAAGAUCAAGAAGGCUCCCCAUAUAUUGGUGAUCCACCUAAAGCGCUUUAAGUACAUUGAGCAGCUUGGGCGGUAUAAGAAACUUUCGUAUCGGGUUGUCUUCCCCAUGGAGCUGAAGAUCAGCAGUACAUCUGAUGAUGUGGAUACUGAAUACUCUCUCUUUGCUGUGGUGGUCCAUGUUGGAAGCGGCCCCAACCAUGGCCAUUAUGUAAGCCUCGUAAAAAGCCACAACCACUGGCUGUUCUUCGAUGAUGAAAACGUGGAGAUGGUUGAAGAGUCGACCCUGCAAACGUUCUUCGGCUCUUCGCACGAAUACUCAGGCAACACAGAUCAUGGAUACAUCUUGUUUUACGAGGGCCUUGGUGGGAAGAGUUUAGGUUGAUUUUCCCUGUUGUUUUUCUUUUCUUUUUCUUUGGAGCAUGCAAGUUUACUGUUGUAUGUACACAGCUAUUUCACCACCUCCAUGGAAAAUUGUUAAUCUCGGAGAUUGUGAGUAUGAACCUGAGGAAAGCCAGAUUUUUUGUGGUUCUAGUGUACAGCGGAAAAUGGAACCUUGCUCCGGUGAUGAUGAAAUAAGGCGGCGCAAGUCAUAAAGUACGCUCGACUAUACUUUCCACCGACAUUCUCACCAAGGAAUGUAACAAUGCAUUGGGUUCUAUAUGUUGAUUCUAAUUUGAAGCUUUUAUACACUAGAUUUAGCCAUUUGAUGUGAUAGCAGUGCUCUUCGAGGCUUGGAAUCAUAUGUCCAGUUAGAAUUAUAAUAGUAUGGUGUAUGCUUGACUUUA